AUGUCCUCACUAAAAGGGUACCCCAAAUUUCCUGACGUAACCAAGGAGAAAUUAGAAAGAGAAUUGCUACCAGAGGUUUUUCAAUGGGCCAUCUCUAACGGAUUAACAAUAUAUCCCCCAGACUUCAAAAUAUCUGAAGCUCAAGUUGCACCCAUUACGUUGUUUCCAACGCCUUUGCCAAGGAAAGCCUUCGAAGACGCAAUUGAUGUUCAGAAGUCUUUCAAUUCUCUAUAUGCAAAGAUCUCUCAAAAUCACAAUGGUUGGCUAGAAGAAGAAAGUGAAAAGUUGGCAAAGUCAGAUCCUGAAUUCACUGGUAAGCUUUGGGAGAUAUAUAAAAGAGCCAAAGAGCACGGUAUAUCUCAGGAUUUGGCUUUGGGAGUUUUUCGUUCCGACUAUCUAAUCAACGACAAUGACAAUCAGAUCAAACAAGUAGAGUUUAAUACUGUUUCUGUAUCCUUUGCAGGCCUCUCUACGAAAGUAGGUCAAUUACAUCAAUACUUGAAUGAUAGUGGUAGGUAUUCAGCUGAUGGAGAAUCGUUCUUUAAUGAAGAAAUCCCGGUUUCUCCUUCCGCCGAGUUGUUGGCUGAAGGGCUAACAAAGGCCAUCCAACACUUUAAACCUGCUGCGUCCGAUAAAAAGCCAAUUGUUGCAUUUAUAGUCCAAGAAGGUGAAAGAAAUGUGUUCGAUCAAAGUGUAUUGGCGUUCAAUUUAUUGUCGAAACAUGGUAUACAGUCCUGUCGAUUGACAAUGCAAGAAAUUCAUCUAAAGACAACCUUAGAUAAGAGUACAAAAAGAUUGUACUUAAACUCUACUGGUAAGGAAAUUGGUUUAGUGUACUUCAGAUCAGGUUAUGCUCCAAAUGAUUUUGUCACGCAGCAAGAUUGGGAGAAUAGAUUCACACUAGAGAUUUCGUAUGCUAUUAAGGCCCCAAACUUGUUAACCCAAUUGUCAGGAACGAAAAAGAUUCAACAGUUACUCACAAACAAGAAUAUUCUGACAAAGUUUUUACCAGAUGCAAACUCUGCUGAUGCUUUAUUACAAACCUUUGUUCGCAUAUAUCCGUUGGAUUCUAGUGAACUCGGGGAAAUGGGUAAGAAGCUUGCCUUUACUAACCCUGAAAACUUUGUGCUAAAACCUCAGAGAGAAGGUGGUGGUAAUAAUAUCUAUAAGGAAGAUAUUCCAACCUUCCUCAAAUCAAUUGAUGAAAAAGAUUGGCCUGCCUAUAUCCUUAUGGAGCUAAUAAAUCCUCGUCCAACGGAGGAAAAUAUUGUUAUCAGAGGUGAACAGACUUUCCAAGUUCCUAUAUUGAGUGAGUUAGGCGUUUUCGGUACAAUUCUUUUUGAUAAUAAGACAGUACACUCGAAUGAUUACGCUGGGUGGUUACUCAGAUCAAAAUUUAGCGCUUCUAAUGAAGGGGGAGUAGCUGCAGGGUUUGGUUGCGUAGAUAGCGUAGUUUUGUAUUAA